AUGGAGGACAUAUUGGCGUCAUUGUUACAAUCAUUCGUGGACGCGGUUGAAUCUGGACGUGAUUUGCAAGCUCUGGUACCAUCUGCUCGAAAUGUAUUGGAAUCUAGAAUCAGACUGUGCAGUUGGAGCACAUUGCCAACAGAGCUAUUGACUCAUUGCUUCCAAUAUUUACCGCAAACGGUGUUGGUUCGAACCUCUCGUGUAUCAAGGCACUGGAGUGCCGCAUCUCAGCAGCAACUAUGCUGUCGUCCGAUCAUCACCAACCCCACAAUGGCAUCCCGAUACUUCUUCCCACCUUCAAACCACACUCGGUUUCGAUACUUGAAGCAUUUGGAUUUAAGCUCAGUUGUCAUCAUACAACCACAUACACGUAGGACGGGGACUGGUGAAGAUGCACUUGAACGAAAGAUGAUUGCAGCAUUACAGGGUCGAUGUCGUCAGUUGAGAUCUUUGGCCUUGAAUGGAGUUAAUUUGCAAAGUGUUGCCUUGAUUCUUGACGAAGAGAGUCAGUUAAAGGUUAUGUCGCUUGAGAGGUUCCAUAUGGACAAAUACGAUGAGUCUUUUCUGUAUAUGGAACCACUACUGAAAGCUUUGGCUAAACUUGAAUCUCUGAAACUGAGACAGUGUCUCUUCUUCCCUUGUAAAGAACAUGGGGCAGCCAUGUUCCAUUCUGUCGUAAAACACCUAAAUCCCAACCUGAAAACAUUGAGGAUGUGUAAUAUGAAUCACGUGUUGCCUUCGUCAUUGGACUUGUUGGUUAGGAGGUGCAAGAAUGUUGAAACUCUAGAGAUUGACGGCGAUGUUGGCAAAGGGAGCGAUGAAGACAUGGGUAUAUUGCUACGCUUACAGACACCUCGUAAUAUCUCGAUAUCUUCCUCGGUCGUUCACAACCUAUCCGAAAAGGUGGUCCAUAAUGCACUUGCACAUCCAUCUCUUGAACGGCUGUCAACCAUGCUAUCAACCCUCCGUAUAACAGCUAGUAUAUUUGAUACACUAGUCGAUACUUCUCGGAACUUAAAGGCGCUCCUCUUGCCUCGAAUCCAUAAAGUAAACCAAUCAGCCCUAGCAGCAGUCCCAUCUCGUCACCCUCACUUGGAAGCAGUACAGCUACCCUUUUCAGCGUCGGAUGAAGUAGUUGUAUCAUUCAUCACACACUGUCGAAAACUUCGUCAUUUUGGAUUGGCAUGUUGCUCUGAUGUUACUGAUUCCGUAAUGCGUCAUAUCGCAAGUGACGGAACGUCUUUAGUUAGCUUAUCAUUAUCUGAUACUCAAGUGACUAUAGCUGCAUGUCUGCCAAUCACAUAUCCUAAAAAUUGUGGAAGGUUGAAAAUGGUGUCGAUAGACUCGCAGGAAGACCUCUUUGCAAGAUCAGGCAUGGAAAUGACGCUGACUGACUUGGGCGUCUGGAAGAAGCUGGUUAAGAAGGUGGAUCAUGUUGGCGCUUUGAUGUGGGCUGGGUUUGAGCAAGAUAUGCCUCCGAUAAACAAGACAGGUGGUCUGCAAAUGCAGCAAGGACGGGUUGGAACACCAGGUGGAACACCCAAGAAGCUAGUUUCUCGUAUCGUUUUUGAUAAGUACGAUGUGGAUCGAAGUGGAAGUAUCGAUGCCAAGGAAUUCCGCACUUUGGUCUAUGAAUUCGGUUAUUUCUUGAGCGAUCAGGAAUUAGAAAUGGCUGUUAGAAUAUUAGAUGUGAAUGGCGAUGGUAACAUUAGCUACGAAGAAUUCAUUCAAUGGUGGUCCAAAGACCAACGCUUCGAAACACUAAGACUUAGUCCUGAAGAUUUCGAGAACCUAAAUCGUGCUGUAAAGAAUUUCCAAAAAUACGACAAGAACCUAUCCGGUGUUAUCGACGUCAAGGAGUUCCCCGCCUUGUAUAAGGAGCUGAGUGCUCAUGGUCUGACUACUAAAGGAUUGGCUGCAACUUUGGAGGACUUUGAUUCCAACAGAGACGGAAAGGUCUCAUUUAAUGAAUUCAUUCAAUACUUUCAGACAAGUGUCAUGCGAAAAGGCGACCACAAGUAA